CCCCUGCAUCGAUUAGAAACCACCCGGAAGUCCACACAGCAUCGGGGUUCAGCCUCGGACAUAACUGCUGGCAGUCUUCCCCUCCCAUUGCCGAUCCAUUUGCCCCAAACCUUCAGGGUGCGCACACUGGUGAUGGAUUGUUUUGGGAUUUGCCGUUUUUUCUGCUUCGUCUUGAAAUGGAGCAGUGUAGUACGGCUCUCCCUUAUCACCCAGACCUGGUUCCGCAGUCGGACCCGGCCGAACCUCAAGAGGAGCUCCGGCUUUCAUGAUUGUUCUGGGAAGCAUACCUACCCCCAUUUAUCCUAGCUUUGAGUUCAGGCCUGCCAUCGACGAGAUCUAUCCCCUACUACAGGCUUUGGUUCCUGAGCGAUAUGAGGGAGAUCUAAGAGACACACUGGAACGGAUCCUGGAACCGGCCCUGUCGGGCACGGGUGCACUUGGUUUGGUUCUUUCGUUGGCAUCGUUCUUCGUAUCCAACAACGCACUCGAUGACUGUGGGCUCCUCCUCCAAUGGAUCUCCGACCACGGACAUACGAGAGACCUGAUAUGGUUUCUCAGACGCCAGACCCCUACAACUCGUGCCUUUGCCAACGCCCUUUUUGGCUCGGCGACGCAACUCCAAAAUGUCCAGCUUGCCAAUGCCAUCCUCGACUAUGGGGGAAAGCUCGGCCACAAAUUGCUAUACGAUGCUGUGUCUCUCGGCGAUAUUGCGCUUACUCGGCGCGUUUUGUCCAACGUAAGGCCAAACUCCGGGACGGAAAGCGACUGGGAGGGAAUCUUUCAUCUCCUAGUCCAAACGCGACAGUUCGGACCGGCGAAAUUUCUUUUGAGCCGCGGAGUCUCUGUGAAUGCAAACCUUCCUUUAACUGGUUCUGCUCUUUACGUUGCGGUCAAGGAAUCCAACACCCAGGGAAUUGACUUUCUUGUCAAAGCUGGCGCAGACAUCAACUUACAUUGCAAAACCCUGGAUCCGCCUCACACCCCUUUGGCACUCGCGCUGUCCAGAGAAGACAAGGCGACAGUCCAGCUCCUCCUCGUACCCAAAACGGGCUUGCCAUCGACAAUUGAGGAGAGACCCAUACUUGAAUGGGCUUCCCUGAAUGGAAGAGGGGUGGUCGGUCUCGUGCAAGAAAUACUCGGUCUUCAAGAAGGCUUCUUCUCUCUUGAGGAAGCAGUGGACGCGGCGAGCCGUGGCACCUCUGCCUUCAAAAGGUACGUUGAGCAACAAGCUGGAGGCGCCACAACACACCAGAUGGAACAAGCUCUGAGGGAAUCGAUCAAAGGGGGUCAUCUCGCGGCCACUAUUACCCUGCUCAAGCUAGGUGUUGACCCGAAUGGGCGAAGUCUGAAAACUCCCCUGCUUGUCGCAGCCUUGGUGGAUCAAAAAGAUAAACCCAUUUUCGCCGAGCUGCUUCUGGAUUACAGCGCAGACGUCAACCGACUUUCCCCGGAAUUCGUCACCAAGGACAGCAACGUAUUGAACGCAUUCAUUGCAUCUGGGGCUGGUAUGGCCGAGAGAGCCAAUGUCCUUGACCAAGCCAUUGAAUGUGACGACUUCGAGGCAGCAGCAAAGCUCAUCCGGUCUGGAGUUAGUCUGAACACGCCUGCGCCGAGAAACGGACGAACUCCACUCCAGAGCGCUGCGUAUUGGGGGCGUGCCAAGAUGGUGUUGUAUAUGCUCAACAAAGGCGUGGAUAUCAAUGCAGCUCGUACCGAAGCCGACGGGACGAGGACAGCAUUGCAAGCAGCACUUGAAGGCCGGAGCCCUGUUGAGGUGGGCAAUCUGUUACUUGACCACGGGGCCGACGCGUCGGCCCCGCCCGCUUCUGUUAGCGGGGUGACAGCACUUGAGGCAUUGUUCAGGAAUGGUUCCUGGAGUUGGCGCAAGGGCAUGACUGAACUGUGCUAUCGAUUGCUUGCUGCCGGUGCCACAGUACACCGCCCUGGCGGCGGUCCGAGCGACUUGCUUCACCGAAUUAUCGAAAGCAAACAGCACGACAUGCUCCGGCGCUUCCUUGGGCCACCCUACAAUGCCGUGCAUCGAUACUACGGCCCCGUAAAGGACUUCAACCUAAUGGAUCUCUACACACCGACACAAUAUGCGGCCGUGGAUGGGGAUCUAAAGGCGGUGGAGAUCCUUCUCGACCACGGCGCCGAUGUUAACGAAGCCGCCGCUUACGGGGGGCGCACCGCUUUGCAAGGGGCCGCCCAGCGCCGGCCAUCACCCGACAGACAAAACCUCUGCUCCUUGCUCCUCGACCGCGGCGCCGACAUCAACGCCCCUCCGGCAGCAUUCAGGGGGAUCACGGCCUUGCAAGGCGCCGCCAUAUCCGGGGGCCUCCUCCUCGCUAAGGAGCUUAUCCUGCGCGGAGCUGAUGUCAACGCCCCGGCCGCCUUCUGCGGCCGCACCGCCCUCCAGGGCGCCGCCGAGCACGGCCGGCUGGACAUGGUGCAGCUGCUGUUGAACGCGGGGGCUACUACGCACGGUGACGCAUGUACGCGCGCCAUUGAGCUGGCUGAGGUGGAGGAAAACUUUGCUAUAGCCGAUUUCCUGAGGAUGCGGGCUGCAGGCGAUGGGACGGUGGCGGCUGAACCGAUGACGGUCGCGGAGGAUCUGUUUCAAUGGGAAUCCAACAACGAAGAGGACUUUUCUAGCGGCAGAGUGGGAGGGGUUCAUGUUCAGGCAGGGGACUUGACCGGGGAAGGUAUGGGUGGCGUGGAAUGGGAUGAGGGGGACGCCGUAGAGGAGGAGCUUUCGGCGAAUCUUCCAGAUGAUUAUUGGGAUUGGAUACUUGGUGUUGGUGGGGGUCGAAUCGUUGAUGAAUUCGACAUAUGAAGAUAAAUAUUUGAGUAUAUACCCCUCGACAAGGUAGAUGGAAUGAACCACUGCCGGGUCGGUGGUAGGAAGCCGAGAAGCUGUUUGUGCAGGUGAUGGAGACUCGCAAGACGAAGGUCGGGCCGGACCAUCCAUGCACAAUGACGAGCGUGAAAGAUGGUCUAAACCACGGCACACGUUGUCUGGGUGGAAGUCAUCGCCGGCGCGUUAACCAUUGGCUAUUAGAAUCCGGCGUUGGACAAGUCCAUCUUCAUCAUCGUUGUUAUAAACCUAUCGGGCAUAAAAGGCUACGGGGAAGUCCAAUUCAUCUUUGCCAUCGUACAUCACGGCUGGUGUCGG